AUGUCAUGCAACGAGCCCGACAAUCGAGUCGACCCAUCGCACCACUUCAACGUCAACGGAGGCACUACUCAGGUAGUCAAGACUGCUGGUGGUCGCACUGAAAGUGCUGCCAAUAACCUUUAUCAAAUCUACCAGUCGAGCAAGAUCGGGAUGGUUUCCAUUGUCCAUCAUACCACCUGUCCAUGGUCUCCAAGAGAUGUCAAAGCGAACAUCCGCUCCGACGUCCAGACGCUCAAGAGCUCACCAUAUGUGAGAGAUGAGAUCCCCAUAAUCGGAUAUGUAUUAGACACUGCUAAAGGGCAGGUGCAACCUGAAUCCCGUUCACCGUCCCCACCGGCUAUCAUUCAGAACCUAGUGAUGCCGCUACUUUGGCAUUCUACGGGGAAAUCGACACCAAAAUAG